AUGGUUCUGAAAGUGUGGAAGAUAUUUGAGUCAAAUGAAUCAACUUCAAAUCGGCCUCCAGGCCUUUGGAAGUUACCUAUUAUAGGGAACUUGCAUCAGUUGGUUAGCUCUGAUCCACCCCAUCGGACUCUCCGAGACUUGGCAAAAAAACAUGGACCUUUGAUGCACCUACAACUUGGAGAACUUCACACCCUUGUUGUUUCUUCUGCAGAAUAUGCUGAGGAGGUAAUGAAAACUCAUGAUGUUCUGUUUGCUUCAAGGCCCCAAAUACAUAAUAUAAGAGUCAUGAGUUAUGGUUACAAAAACAUAUCUUUUUCACCAUAUGGUCGGUAUUGGAGGCAACUACGAAAAAUUUGUGCUCAGGAGCUUUUGAGCGUUAAGCGGGUCCAAUCAUACCGAUCUAUACGGGAACAAGAGAUGUCCAAGUUGAUCCAAAGGAUUUUCUCAGAAGCAGAAACACCAAUCAACAUGACUAAAAAGAUUUACUCAUCCACCUCUAAUUUGACUUCAAGGUUGGCCUUCAGUGAUAAAUCCAAGUAUCAGGAAGAAUUCGUUUCAGCUAUGAAGGAGUCAUUGGAGAUAUCAUCAGGAUUCAGUAUAGUAGAUUUUUUUCCUUCUGUGAAAUUUCUUCAGCUGAUUAGCGGGAGAAGUUCUGAAAUAGAAAAGCUGCACAAACAACUUGACAGGAUUGUUGGAAGCAUUAUCGAGGAACACCAAAAGCAUAAUACAAGAAGAUGUGAAGAAAAUGAAGACCUGGUUGAUGUCCUUUUGAAGUAUCAAGAGCAGGGUGACCCAGAGUAUCCUUUAACUAUGGAUGAAAUCAAAGCAGUAAUCGGCGAUAUUUAUACUGGCGGAACUGAUACAUCUUCCACAACAGUAGAUUGGGCUAUGGCAGAAAUGAUCAAAAACCCAAGAGUGAUGGAGAAGGCACAAGCUGAGGUGAGACAAGUUUUUGAUACUAGAGGAUGUGUCGAUGAAACAGGAAUUCCUGAACUAAAAUAUUUGAAGCUAGUCAUUAAAGAAACACUAAGAUUACAUCCUGCCGCUCCUUUAUUAAUUCCACGAGAAAAUUCAGAAAAGUGCAUGAUCAACGAAUAUGUAAUUCCUGCUAAAACCAGAGUAAUUGUGAAUGCAUGGGCUAUUGGAAGAGAUCCCAAGUACUGGACUCAUGAACCUGAAACGUUCUACCCGGAGAGGUUCCUAGACAAUCCCAUUGACUACAAGGGAACUAACUUCGAGUUUAUCCCAUUUGGUGCUGGAAGGAGGAUGUGUCCUGGAAUGACUUUCGGCCUCGCCAACGUCGAGCUUCCACUUUCACAAUUUUUGUAUUAUUUUGAUUGGAAACUUUCCGACGGAUUGAUGCCAGAAGAUCUCAACAUGGCAGAGCACUAUGCUGUUACAAUUGGAAGGAGUGAAGAUUUGGUCUUAAUUCCUACUCCUCGUCGUCCCCCACCUGCCAUUAAUUGAACUUCAUAAGUCUCCCUUUUCUCUCUCCACAAAGUCUCACAUCUGCCUUUCGUUUGAGGGCGGAGGGGCAGGUCUUCGUCUCUCCCUCCUCCCUUUUUAGUUGCUAUAUAUUUUUGCUACUUUCUUUGUUUGCAAGUACUUUUAAUUCAAUAAUGUACUAAG